UCAGUCUACUCCUCAUCCCACCCACUAAAGCUCCGCGAAAGGGUGUGCUUUUUGAAGGCUGUAUGAGGCUAUAAUACAGCUGCAGACAAGUCAAGUCGCCACUUGGUUUGACACCCCGGGAAAAAAAAGCCCCCGAGGCAGAGGGGGAGCAUACGCACAAGUACCCCCACCCCUCGGAUCCUCCGUCUGAGCUCAGCACAGGGUCUAGUCUCUCCGGACAUACCGUGGAGAUGCGGAACACACGAAGGUUAAUAUAAAAAAAGUUGGUGUAGUCGGGGCACACGGUAAACACAUAAUGUGGCAGCUGCCGUGUAGCUUCUAUUCAAGGUCAGUAUCUGAGCACGGCCGCCGCACGGACGACUGUCUUAGGUAGGAGGGGGAGAGAGGAAACGCUGAAGGGAUGCCGCUGUGCCUCAUUUACCUCCAGCAUCAACGAUGACAUCUUCCACCGAAGAAGACGUUGAUAGUCAAUGACAAGGAAACGGACAAACUUGUGAAACGCCGCUACGAAGAGCAACUGAGGGCACUGGACUGUUGUAAAAGAAAAAAGACACUCUUUCAGCAUCUUGGCGUUUCCUGCUUUCUUUCCGCAACGACUUGUGCUGGAAGCGGCUGUUUACCUGGCUACAACAAGCGAAGAAGUCUAGCUAGCUAACGUUAACUGACAUAAUGAGGGUUCUGGUUCGGUUUCGCUUUGCUUCAGUGUCAGUUUGACGAACUGACUGUCAGAAUCUUCUACGGUUGACGAGUUUUAACUAACGCGACACUACGAAGCGAUAACUGGCACAACUUCCUUAAACUUGCCCGGUUUUUCAAGCCGACUUGUUAAAAAAACCCAAACAAACUCGGAUUCAUUUUCAUUCAAGGUCGCCUUUAUUUUUCAGCAGUAAUGCCUUCCAGGACUGUGUCACACGGGGCUUCGGGCCGCCUUCGUGGACUGUUCUUGGUGAUGGUUUUAGUGUUUCUGGAGGGCUCCGUGUUUACCGUCGCUGUUGCCAGCUCCGACCAGCAUUCUCCUAUCACGGCACACUCGGGCAGCCACAAAGCGACUGACCAUGGCAGUCACAACAACACUGGAAAGGCUUUCCCUGUGCUAGACUUGAACUACGAAAACGUGCGGGUCCCGUUUGAAAUCUCAUUAUGGGUCCUCCUUGCCUCUUUGAUGAAAUUAGGGUUCCAUCUGGUUCCUCACUUAUCCAACAUUGUGCCAGAGAGCUGCCUGUUGAUCGUGGUGGGCUUGCUGGUAGGGGGAAUCAUCAGAGGUACUGGUGAAACAGUCCCACCAGUGUUGGACUCUAAAUUGUUUUUUUACAUCCUGCUGCCCCCCAUUAUCCUGGAUGCUGGCUACUUCCUGCCCAUCCGUCCCUUCAUGGAGAACCUGGGCACAAUCCUGAUAUUUGCUGUCGUGGGUACUCUUUGGAAUGCCUUCUUUGUUGGGGGCUUGCUAUAUGGUGUGUGUCAGAUUGGUACAGAAAGCAGUUCAAUCCUUAGCAGAAUAGGGCUUCUGCAGUGCCUGCUCUUUGGUUCCAUCAUAUCAGCUGUGGAUCCUGUUGCUGUGCUUGCUGUGUUUGAGGAGAUCCACAUCAAUGAGCUCUUGCACAUCCUGGUGUUUGGCGAAUCACUACUCAAUGAUGCCGUAACUGUGGUAUUGUACCACCUGUUUGAGGAGUUUUCAGGCAUUGGCUCAGUGACACUGUUGAAAGGCUUCCUGGGAGUCAUCUCCUUCUUUGUAGUCGCCCUGGGUGGCGUUCUAGUUGGAGUUCUGUACGGGAUCCUCGCUGCCUUCACCUCACGCUUCACCUCCCACACGCGCGUCAUCGAGCCUCUUUUUGUCUUUUUGUACAGCUACAUGGCCUACCUGUCUGCUGAGAUAUUCCACCUCUCCGGCAUCAUGGCGUUAAUAGCAUGCGGCGCCGUGAUGCGACCCUAUGUGGAGGCCAACAUAUCCCACAAGUCCCACACCACCAUUAAAUACUUCUUGAAAAUGUGGAGCAGUGUCAGUGAGACUCUAAUCUUUAUUUUUCUGGGAGUGGCCACGGUUGCUGGACCUCACGAUUGGAACUGGACCUUCGUUACUGUCACAGUCAUUCUGUGUCUUGUUGCACGGGUUAUAGGUGUUGUUGGUCUGACCUUUAUAAUCAACAAAUUCCGCAUUGUCAAGCUGACCACCAAGGAUCAGUUCAUUAUAGCCUACGGUGGCCUGCGAGGUGCCAUUGCCUUCUCCCUUGGUUUCCUGCUUAACAAAGAGCACUUUCCUGAGAGGGAAAUUUUCCUCACUGCCAUUAUCACUGUGAUUUUUUUCACUGUGUUUGUUCAGGGCAUGACCAUCAAACCCCUGGUGGAGCUGCUGGCGGUGAAGAAAAAACAAGAGGCCAAACGCUCCAUUAAUGAAGAGAUCCACACCCAGUUCCUUGACCACUUACUCACUGGCAUCGAGGAUAUCUGUGGACACUAUGGACAUCACCACUGGAAGGACAAACUGAACCGCUUCAACAAGAAGUAUGUGAAGAAGUGCCUGAUUGCCGGCGAACGCUCCAAGGAGCCGCAGCUCAUUGCCUUCUACCACAAGAUGGAGAUGAAACAGGCCAUUCAGCUGGUGGAGAGUGGAGGGGGAAUCAAGAUGCCUUCUGCUGUGCCUUCCACUGUUUCCAUGCAGAACAUCCAGCCCAGGCCUUCUACCAAGCCUGCACCAGAGCGAGCUAUUCCACAGCUGUCUAAAAACAAAGAGGAGGAAAUCCGGAAAAUCCUCAGGACCAACCUUCAGAGGACACGGCAGAGGCUGCGCUCGUAUAACAGACACACACUGGUGGCCGAUCCUUACGAGGAUGGACUCAGCGAUUUAUUCCUAAAGAAGCAAAAGAUGUUUCAGAUAGAGAAGAAGUUAAAGGAGAUGAAUACCUACCUGACGGUCCCUGCCCCUCCCCCUGAUUCCCCGACCAUGUGCAGAGCCAGACUGGCCUCAGGCAAACAUACUGAUUUCAAACCUGAUCAGGUGCAAAAAGGAAACAAAAUGUGUUCAGACCCGCAAGCCUACAGCAUUAAGCCUGCAUCGAACAAGGUGCCCAUGAUCCAGGUAGACCUGGCCUCUCCUCAGUCUCCAGACUCAGUUAAUCUGUUGGAUGAGUUCGGACAGGCUAACCAGCAGGAGGAGGAGGAGCAGGGCCUGAUGAUGAAGCCCCCGUCGAGGCCACGGGAAGCUAAAAAGCCGAGUGAAGAGGAUGAAGCAAAAGAUCAGCAGAGAUUAAUGAGGUGUCUGAGCGACCCUGGUCCCAGUGCAGACGAAGAUGAGGAUGGGGCCUUCCUCCCCUGAGACGACAGACUAGUUAGAGGGAAGAGGGCUGCUUCACCGCUCUGCUCUAAAUUAUCUCUUUGGUUCAGAAACCAAUAAGCCAAAACUGCAAAUGCUGUAUGAACGGGAAACAAAAAGCAAAAGGAGAGUUCCUGAGAACGGCAGGGGGAAGAGUCAUUAGUUUGUGAUUCUCAUUGCUCUUUAUUUUAUUAGGUAGCAGUGGUAGAGCGACAGCUGGAGAUGGUGGAGGGUUUUGAUGAAAGUCUGAGACAUUCAGGAAAGAACUAUGCAUUACCAAAGGUUUGGACUGUUCCAGUUUCAGACUAUCUUGUUUUUACUUUAGCAUCAGACUGUUUUUUUUCGUCUUGAUGAUAGUGUUGUUAGUUUUAUGUUUGGUCAUGUUUUUACAGCUUCUGUCUUCAAAAACCACGUUCUCACUUGCUGGGUAAGCCACAAAAACGACUUCAACCUAGCUUUGACUUUUAUUGCACUCGAGUUUCUUGCCGUCAUUCUGUCACUUAAAGUUCCUGGGCAUCCAAUUGUUUAGAUUGUAGCUUUUUAGAAAUUUCUAGGCCUUAUUUGAUGUCAAACCUUUUCACUUGGUGCAUUUUUAAAAAUCGUAUCUGUUUUUUAUGACAUACUUUAAUUUCAGGGACGCAAACAUCUGUUUGUGGGUUAUGGGUUGAAAGCUGGAUGUUUUUUAGUCGCUGUGUAAACCACAGUUGUUUUCCUGUCUGUUGAGCGACUUUAUGGGGUCUACAACACCUACAAACCCGAAGAGUUUUACAAAUUUCUUAGGCCGUAAAGCAGUACAGAUGUUUUGAUCUGCCAGUAUACAUAUAAAUUCUCCACCCAAGUUAAAUCACAUAUUGUCAUAUCCUUUUAUGUAUGUUUUAUUUUCAGUUAAUAAGACCCUUUAAAACUCACUCAAGCAUCAGUAGAGUUGUCAAAGUAGAUGUUAUUAAUAUACUGCCCAUCAGCUUUCACACUCAUAUUUUAGACCCAUAUGUAUUUUAAAGACCUUUAACCUUUUUUUUGUAACUGGCCUCAUUGAGAAACAUUAUAAUAGAGCUGGGCGAUAGAACGAUAACGAUAUGUAUCGCGAUAUAACUUUUACUCGAUAGAGAAAUUAAGCUAUCGCGAUAGACCUCGCCGCUCUUGUCC